GCCUGGAGCUGAUGAACUUCUAAAUCAGGUUCCUGUGCUCUGCAGACGGCUUUGAGAGAAACCUGUGCCUCUCUCAGGUCUGCUUGCCCCAAACUGUCCCCCAGAGACUCGCCCAGCUCCUUCCACCCCCGACCUUUGCUUCCAUCCAAUAUCUGGGAUGCAGUUAGGUUUGCCUUGAGGCAAAGCUACCAGAGUUUUGGCUGAAGAUAACAGCUACAAUGCUUCACACGCAGUGCUUAUGCUGUGCCAGGCUGUCCUGCCUGUCUCAUAAGGUGCUUCCUUCCCUAUCUGAAAGGGCUUAGUGCUGACCUCUGAGGCUGCCGCCUGACCCAAGGUCCAGUCGCAGCGCAGGAGAACCUCUGCUCCCUCCCGGAGACAUCCAGACCCUGGCAGCCCUGGAUGGGGACCGGAGCUUCCUGGCCAUGUGUUUCCUGUCCCCCCAUAGGCCUCUGUUUCCCCGAUGGGGAAGGUUUUGUGUCCCUUGUGUCUGAUGAGCCAGGACAGGGCUACGUGAACAGCACCACAGCCAAAUCUGAUGGGCAUUUGGCCACAGCUGCAGGGAGGAUGUGGGGGCCUGCACUGCCUCAGGCCUGCUCGUGGCUCCAAGUGGUGAAGCCCCAUCACUGGUAAAGAGGAGUGGGACGAGCUCAACCGCUCUCAUCCUGGGCGGGGAGGAAACUGACAAACAGCUGAGUUACACACACACAGCAGUUCCUGUUUGAGCUGCCUGACUUGGGUUUUAAAUAUAGCCUAUUAAAGCAAUUAGAGAAUUGGUUCCAAAGUUUACCUCCUCUGAUUCCCAAAGAUAAAAGAAGGCAUAAUUUAUUUUAUCUUUAGGUAAAAAGUGUAGAUGAUUUGGGACUAUCUGGUUUUAAAAAAAUAAUCUGACCUAGACACAAAUGAACAAAAACAGUUAUGGAGAGAAAUUGGUCUGCCUCACCCUCCCCUUUUUGUGUGGCGUAUCUAAGCUUCAUGGCUAAAACAAAACCAAAAAAAAGGUGUUUAAUAAUUACCUUCAUUGACCUCUGUACCUUCUGGACUUCCUUCACUCCUGGGCACAAGACAUGGCCAUUCCUAGGGUUGGACCGUGCAGGCACGGGCGGUCAGCUGGGCCGCAGCUUCUCCGGCUCUGCAGGGUCACGGAGGAAGUCUCCUGGAACCAGCAGGAGGAAACAUGGGGGAUACUGGCCUGAGAAAGCGGAGAGAGGAUGAGAAGUCGAUCCAGAGCCAAGAGCCCAAGACCACCAAUCUCCAAAAGGAGCUGGGCCUCAUCAGUGGCAUCUGCAUCAUCGUGGGCACCAUCAUCGGCUCUGGGAUCUUCAUUUCCCCCAAGUCUGUACUCAGCAACACGGAAGCUGUGGGGCCCUGCCUCAUCAUAUGGGCGGUUUGCGGGGUCCUCGCAAUGCUGGGCGCCCUGUGCUUUGCAGAACUUGGCACGAUGAUCACCAAGUCGGGGGGGGAGUAUCCCUACCUGAUGGAGGCCUACGGGCCCAUCCCCGCCUACCUCUUCUCCUGGGUCAGCCUGAUGGUCAUGAAGCCCUCGUCCUUCGCCAUCAUCUGCCUCAGCUUCUCCGAGUACGUGUGCACGCCCUUCUACGUGGGCUGCAAACCUCCUGUAAUUGUUGUGAAAUGCCUGGCCGCUGCCGCCAUCUUGUUCAUCACGACGGUGAACUCACUGAGCGUGCGGCUUGGAAGCUACGUCCAGAACAUCUUCACCGCGGCCAAGCUGGUGAUCGUAGCCAUCAUCAUCAUCAGCGGGCUCGUGCUCCUGGCCCAAGGAAACACAAAGAAUUUUGAUAAUUCUUUCGAGGGCGCCCAGCUGUCUGUGGGAGCCAUCAGCCUGGCGUUUUACAAUGGACUCUGGGCCUACGAUGGAUGGAAUCAACUCAAUUAUAUCACAGAAGAACUUAGAAACCCUUACAGAAACCUGCCUUUGGCCAUUAUCAUCGGGAUCCCCCUGGUGACGGUGUGCUACAUCCUCAUAAAUGUGUCCUACUUCACCGUGAUGACUGCCACCGAACUCCUGCAGUCCCAGGCCGUGGCCGUGACGUUUGGUGACCGUGUUCUCUAUCCAGCGUCUUGGGUCGUUCCACUUUUUGUGGCAUUUUCAACCAUCGGUGCUGCUAACGGGAGCUGCUUCACAGCGGGCAGACUCAUUUAUGUGGCGGGCCGGGAGGGCCACAUGCUCAAAGUGCUUUCUUACAUCAGCGUCAAGCGCCUCACUCCAGCCCCCGCCAUCAUCUUCCAUGGUAUCAUAGCAACGAUUUAUAUCAUCCCUGGUGACAUAAACUCGUUAGUUAAUUAUUUCAGCUUUGCCGCAUGGCUCUUUUAUGGCCUGACGAUUCUAGGACUCAUCGUGAUGAGAUUUACAAGGAAAGAGCUGGAAAGGCCUAUCAAGAGCCGAUUACCAUGCACCUUCAGAUGCUAAUGGAAGUGGUCCCACCGGAGGAAGACCCUGAGUAACAAGCUCCAUCUCUUGUAGCCAAGUCAAAGCUGAAUUUAUUUUCUUAAGCAAUAUUUGUGGUUAUUUCUUCCUGAUAUUUUUCUUAUGAAUAAAAUAUACUCAGAUGUUUAAAAUAUUGUUAUUUUUAGAUAUUCUUAGUUCUCUGGGUGGGGGUUCCAGAAAGGAGAAGUGGCAAGUGUUUGCUAAAGUUGCUGUCAGGUGAGAUGUCACCUAACAGAAGGCAGAUGCUUAGGGAAGGGCUGAAUAAAAGCCACUAUCACAGUGGCAACUAUUUAACAAAGGGCAUAUCACACUUAAAUGAAAGGCAUUCUUUAAACUCAAUGUCAAUAAGGGCUCUUUUAUAUAAAAUGGAUGACAUUUUUGCUUUGAUUUAGAUUUAAACAACAGUAAAUUACUGGCCAGGUGCGGUGGCUC